AUGGCUGGAUUUGAGUGGCAAAAAUUGUCAUCAGAAAUGUCGAUACGGUGUCCGUUUUUGCUAGACGUUCUCCUUACAGUCAUGGACAAGUCAAAAGAAGAAUGUAUUGAGAUUAUCCCACGACUUGGUCUUUGUUAUGCCAUUUUAAUGCAGACAAGAAAUAAGGAUCUCAGUUUGGUCCAACGACUGAACACUGUAUUGCUGACGAAUGGAAAUGCAAAGAAAGAAGUAUGUUUAAUAACUGAUAACGUCACACGUGUAUAUAUAUAUAUAUAUAUAUAUAUAUAUAUAGUAUAGUACACGCUUUUUAACUAUAAAUAUUCAAGCAUAAUUAGUAAUUGUCUCCAAAAGGUUUUUGUUAAGACACUACCGUUUUUGUGCGUUUAAUGUUCAACUUUCAGUUGUGACUGACCAUAAAAAUACUAUAGAUAUCUAUUAUUACAUCACUUAUUUUAUAAUCGAGUCGGUUUUAUUUGAUACAUCGCGUGUUGUAUAAAGCAUAAAGCCAUGUGAAUAUAAAUUAUAUACAAAAUGAAGAAAUAUAUAGCAAUAUGUUUGUCCAAGGUCGACGAAAUAUAGGCAAAACAUUGUUGGAAAACCUCUUCGAUUAUAAAAUAAAAUAAUACGCGUCCUCGGUUUUUUUUUUAGACAACCCGGUGUUCAAGGUACUUAAUAUCUCUAAUAUGCAUGCAUAUUGUCCCAAAAUAAUCCACAUUAAUUGAUAUUAGUAUAAUUUAUACAUAGGUGAUUAUUAAUAUAUAUAUAAUAUAUAUAUAUAUUAUAUAUAUAAAAUUCGUGUUGGUUACGGAAUAUAUGUCUUGACGGAUGAUUCCUCUCUGGUAUAAAGGGCUUGAAUGUUUUGCAUCAUUAUAACUGUUGAAUAAUGAUGUGCAAUAGUGUAAUGUUGAUUAAUGUUUUUAUAUUAUGUUUAUAGUUAUUUAGACAAUGUCAAAAAAUGGGUGUCUCUUUAUCACAUCAGAGCAAAAUCAACAUUUUAGAUAUGAUUGGCAACCACUUUUCAGACAGCGUAGUUGAAGCUGUUAAAGAUGGGAAAAAACUUCAAGGCACCGGCGACAACUGGGAUAUGAAGAUACAUGUUCAUGAUAUGCGAUCAACCAAUCAAAAUCAAGAUCUACAUUACUUCGCAUCAAACCUGAUCGUUGAAAGAGUGCCAUGCCAAAAUCUGUCAACAACCUCACCUCGAAGGGAUAUCCGCACGCUCCCAAAUUCGGUUUUUCUCUUGAAUAACGAAGAAGAAAUUAAGUUGAGAGAAGAUUUUAAAGUUUUGAUUGGAAGAGUCAUUGUAUCCAGCAUUCCUGGUUUAUCAUUCUUGAAGAGUGUUGUACCCGAUCAUAUUCCUCACAUAUACCAAAAGGAGAUGUCUGAGCAAUCUGUAAUUGUUCCUUUACCGAUGCAGUUGAAAGAUGAGAAAAAAUACAGCGAUGUAGUUGAUAUCCUGGAUUACUAUGAGAAUGAGGUUGAGGACAUAUACGCUAAAGCAGGAGUUAUUAAAAAACCAGGAAAGGUUCCAAAUGCACCACAACCAGCAUUAAUCGAAGGACAGUCUUCAUUACCAGAUCAACCGAGAGCGCACUUUAACAAGGUGGAUGAAAAUGACCACAUGAAAGUGAUAUCCGUGCCAUUUGGAGGAGAUCAACUAACCCGAGUUAGAUUUGCUGGGGCGAAAGAUCUGCGGGCUGGAUCACAUACAUCAAAAGAACGACUGGAUCACUGCAGUCCGUUUGUGUCGGAGUUAUUCCAUACGAAAAUGUCAUACCUACAG